AUGCAGGGUGGCGUUCUGCUGGGUCCGUCGGCGCUGGGCAGGAGCAGCAAGUUUUUGCAUGCCGUCUUCCCGGACAAGAGCCUGCCGGUGCUGGACAUCGUCGGCCUCGAGCCCAACCUUGGUCUGCUCUUCUUCCUCUUCCUCGUCGGCCUCGAGCUCGACAUCGCCGCCAUCCGCCGCACAGGCAAGAAAGCCCUCGCCAUUGCGUUGGCACGCAUCUCCCUUCCGUUCGCGCUCGGCAUUGGUACGUUGUUCGCGUUCCGCAGGGAUGUCAUCGGCAUCCAUGCGCUGUUCGGGGCGUUCAUGGUCGGCAUCGUUGUCCCCAAGGACGGGCCCCGCUAGUUCGCUGGCGUGCUCAUUGAGAAGGUGGAGGACCUCAUCUCGGGACUCUUCCUCCCACUCUACUUCGUCUCCAGUGACCUCAAAACGGACGUGGCCACUAUCCGGGGAGCCAAGUCAUGGGGCCUUCUCGUGCUCGUCAUCCUCAACGCCUGCCUCGGCAAGAUCGGUGGCACGGUGCUCGCGUCAAUGGUCGUCAAGAUCCCUGUCAGGGAGGCGGUCACGCUGGGUUUCCUGAUGAACACCAAGGGGCUCGUGGAGCUCAUCGUGCUCAACAUCGGCAGGGACCGCAAGGUGCUCAACGACGAGUCGUUCGCUAUCAUGGUGCUCAUGGCCCUCUUCACCACCUUCAUCACGACGCCGAUCGUCAUGGCCAUCUACAAGCCGGCGCGGCCGUCGGUGCCGUACAAACGCCGCACCGUGGAGGGCGCACCGGCGGACGCGGACAGCGAGCUCCGCGUGCUCGCCUGCUUCCACAGCAACCACAACAUCCCGACGCUGCUCAACCUCGUGGAGUCGUCGCGGGGAACGGGCCGGCAGCACCGGCUCGCCAUGUACGCGAUGCACCUCGUGGAGCUCUCGGAGAGGUCGUCGGCGAUCUCCAUGGUGCACCGCACGCGCCGCAACGCCAUGCCCUUCUUCAACAGCGGGGACAAGACGGAGCAGAUGGUGGUGGCGUUUGAGACGUUCCAGCAGCUGAGCUCCGUGAGGGUGAAGCCCAUGAUCUGGGCGAGCGACCCGGUGGCCGAGCAGGGCGUGACGUGCAGGGAGCGUCGCGUGAGCGAGCGGCGCGGUGGCCCGGGGUGA